UUGAUGGCAUUAAAAAGAAUGGGAAUUGUCAAAGACUAUGAGAAAAUCCGCACCUUUACAGUUGCAGUAGUAGGUGUAGGUGGAGUUGGCAGUGUGACUGCUGAAAUGUUGACAAGGUGUGGCAUUGGUAAGCUGCUUCUGUUUGAUUAUGACAAAGUGGAAUUGGCAAACAUGAACAGACUCUUCUUCCAACCUCAUCAAGCUGGAUUAAGUAAAGUGCAAGCAGCAGAGCAUACUUUGAGGGAUAUUAAUCCUGAUGUUCAGUUUGAAGUACAUAACUACAACAUCACAACACUUGACAACUUUGAACACUUCAUGGAUAGAAUAAGUAACGGGGCUCUGGAGGAAGGGAAACCUGUUGAUCUCGUUCUGAGCUGCGUGGACAACUUUGAAGCUCGCAUGGCAAUUAACACAGCCUGCAAUGAACUUGGACAAAUCUGGAUGGAGUCUGGAGUGAGUGAAAAUGCAGUGUCAGGACACAUACAGCUGAUCAUACCUGGUGAAUCUGCUUGUUUUGCGUGUGCUCCUCCACUUGUAGUUGCUGCAAAUAUUGAUGAGAAGACGUUAAAACGAGAAGGAGUUUGUGCAGCUAGUCUUCCUACAACUAUGGGUGUUGUAGGAAUGCUAGUACAAAACGUUCUGAAAUACCUGUUAAAUUUUGGUAGUGUCAGUUACUACCUCGGUUACAAUGCAAUGCAGGAUUUCUUCCCAACUAUGUCCAUGAAGCCAAACCCACAAUGUAGUGACCACAACUGCAGAAAACAGCAAGAAAAUUAUAAGAAAAAAGAAGCUGCACGACCAAAACAAGAAGUAAUUGAAAAGGAGGAAGAAAUUGUACACGAGGACAAUGACUGGGGUAUCGAAUUAGUGUCAGAAAUUUCAGAAGAGGAGCUGAAGGCUGCAUCUGGCCCAGUACCUGAGCUUCCUGAGGGAAUUACUGUAGCAUAUACUAUCCCAAACAAGGAAGAGAAUUCAAUAACUGAGGAAACAGUAGCAGAGUCUGAAGAAACCCUAGAAGAACUUAUGGCCAAAAUGAGAAACAUGUAGAAAACCAAAUAUUAAGUAC